UUUCGAGUUGGGGAAAGCAUCUUUCCGGCUUCAUUCCGAUUCCAGAGCCAUCGCGGCAGUGUCCUGCGCUGAGCGCACUGUCCCCGUGUCCCUGCAGUGGAAUCAUUGAAUCACUUCGGUUGGAAAAGACCUCUGAGGUCAUCAAGUCCAGCAGUCCUGCUAUUUGGGCUCUUUUUCCUUUCCUAACUAACAGUCCGAUUGUUCUAUCCUCAAUAUCAGCUGAUGCAACUGGCCUGUAAUUCUUCCAAAUAAGGUUUCAAAAAGGAGAAUCUGGCAAGGAAAUGAAAAAAAGUCUAAUUUGUAAAUUAGAAUGGUGUUGGGGAGGUCUAGGAAAAAAAUAAGGGCUGAAGGCGAUACAGCCAGUCUGGCGCAGGUAUUUGUAAUUCAGCAACCUGGGAAAGCAGGAUAUCCUCGCUGCCUGCAGAGCUUAGGUGCCAGAUUCCCUCCAGUCUCAGUGGAAGGAAGUAAUUCCCACUGAACAUUCACCUGCAUUUUCAGGCGUGCAUUUUAGGCUCGCAUUUUCAAGGGCCUUGUAAAAUCAGCUCCAGGGUUCCUAGAAGUUUGUUUCUAUAAUGAGGAAAUUUGUUGCCUCUUUUAUUGAAUAAAUCGGUUGAAUGCUUUGAUAAACACGCAUGCUUUGAUAAAUACACAAAAGAAGGUAAGUGGCACUCUUAAGGUCACAGUUCCUACAAAACAAUAUUAAAGUGCUCUUUUAUGCAUUUCAGUUGAAUUCAGAUUGUCUAGGAAAUAGAUGAGUUUCUUGCCAUCUUCUAAUUUUACAAAAAUGAGCACUUCAUUAAAUGUAUGGUUUGCAACAGAAUUGUAUUAUUACAGUAAAUAUUUGUAGCUGUAGUGAGUCCUUGUUGGAGAUUAGAGUGCCGAAUGCAGAGACAACAAGUGGUGAGCAGUGUGGUUUAAUCGUUGCACCAAUAAAGAAGAAUGAACCCUGCCUUAGGAAAAUAGCUGGAAGUAUGGGCCAGCAAUGAGAUAGUCCUCCUGUGCCGGCAGGAGAAUCCCGAUUCCCAGCCUGCCCACUGGCUACUGCAGAAACAGCUGACGGAUUUCUGGUCUGCUCCUUCAUCCAGUUGGGUGUUUGUGUGCACUGCCAUUUGUGUCUUUAGUCUGCCUUAGUUGCCCAGUCCUUUGUGUUCUGGUUGGCCCUGGUGCUGAUCUCAUGUUUAUUACAGCAAGUUACAGAACAGGCAGAGCUGUUGCUGUACAGCUGAGUCAUCCUGGGCAUCUUUGCUUGGAUAAAUAUUUGCUGUUAUCUAGAAGUUUCUGUUUGAAGAUCUUCACAUUUCAGGUUUCCUGUUUUGUGACAGUUGUGUGGGGAUUCUCGGCCCACAUUCUUGCUGAUACCACUGUGGUGUCCACCAAGAUAGAGUUGGUUCUUGCUAAGAGGACUUAGAGCUGUGUCUUCGUUGCAUGGUAGGUUUGACAUUUGUCCCAUAGAUGAUCGUUGUCCUGUGUAGGUGCAUACUGUAGAGAUGUCUGCUGAGCGUUACACUCCUCUAACUCAACAGGAGACUGUGAGAAGCCAUGAGGACAGCUCGGUGGUGGGCCAGGAGUAUCUCGUGUGGACAGUGGAGGAUCUUAACUUGUCAAAAUGCCUGUCAAUGUUGACGAUGUGAUGCAACUGUUCUGCCACCUCUCUCACGAGAAGGGGAUGAAAGCUGCUUUCAAACACUCUGGUCGAGGAGCGCUGCUGGCGGGCGCGACAGCUUUCCUGGGGGGGCUGGUGGGAGGUCCCCCUGGCAUCGCUGUAGGAGGAGCAUUUGGUGGAUUGCUCGGUGCCUGGAUGACUACUGGACAGUUCAAGCCCGUCCCUCAGAUUUUAGCAGAAUUGCCUCCUGCAGAGCAGCAGAAACUCUAUGACGAAGCCAUUGUUAUCCUCCGGCGCUUAGACUGGACGGACGUUGCUCAGCUGACUGCGCUCGUAGUGGGCAAUGCUGGUCUGCAGCAGCAGUUGACAGGAGUGCUGAUAAAUUACCUCUCCAAAGAGCUGAGAGCAGAGAUACAGUAUGGAGAGUGAACCAUCCAGAGCAGGCUUUUUACUGUGUAAUGAAUUUUACUCUGGCAAUUGUGAUUCUCCAACAUAGCAAUUAUUAGUUAGCAGUAGUAAUUAGCAGAUUUAAGUAUUAUUUGGGGGGUCGGGAUUCUUUUGUAAGGGUAGUGUAAGGGCUGCGUUAUCCUGACACUGACUUGUGAUGUGAUUUUGAAUUACUCUGCGCUAGGACUCAGUUUGAAAUCACUGAAGGCAACUGGGCCUCUCUUGUGCUGAUAUAUCACUACUUUUUUUUUUUAUUUAAGAGAUUUAAUCCUGUUUGUGUAAGUGCUUUAAUUUUCUUCUGUGAACGACACAGAGGUGCCAAAGUAGCUGGGGCACUUGGAAAAAUUUUACCUACUGUCUGUUUCAGUCCUGCAAAAGGAAGGUGACAGAAAGUCCGUUACACUACUGUGAACUCAAAGAUCUCAAUCCUUAUUUUAUUCUUUGUUGUGUUUUUAUGUAAUUCUUAUUUUACUUAUUCCUUUCUGGAAGAAGUGAAGCUGAUGCCUAAACAAGAUUUAAUGCAAUGGGUAAACAAAGGGUGUGCAGGUGGGAGUUGGUAGUGUCCUGGAAGGGAAGGCAAGCCAGGAUACACUUGGAAAAACUGUGAAAAUGGGGAGCUGAAGUCUCAUUUUUGUGGAUUCCCUUGGAUUAGGGGUGUCAUUUCAGCGUUGGUUCUUGACUGAAUCUGACCAGUUGGUCCUCUGAUUUCAUUAAAAUCUUCCUAAGGAGCAUCAGUGUGGCUUUUGUUUGCUCUGGGGUGAAUGAGCUCUCUAGGAGCCCUGGCUGAGAGGAGGGCAGCCUGGUGCCGGGCAGCCGGCAGCAGGGUGGGCUGGUGUGGGACGACGUGCCGGCUGCAGCUGUCGCCAUCAGCUCUGUGCGCUGGUGCCCAGUAUCCCAGCCGCUUUCUCACCUUUCCUUUCAAAGCACUUGCAAGACAAGUUCAUAUGUAGAGAAAUGUGUGGGUGUGCCUUCUUUUGUGUGUGAAACCAAGUGAAAUUGCUCAGAUAAUUUCAUUUUUACC